AUGUCCGCCGCUGUUUCAUACAGUCAUCAACACGUAAACGCGCUCUGUAGAUGGAGCCGGGGAUAUAAGAACAUUCAAGGCACGCGUGGCUGCCGCGUGCAGCAGACACUUCGCCCUAAAGCCGUUUCCAACGAUUCCGAGGUGGAGGAUAGUACCGCUAGACCUGUAUAUCCCUUCUGCGCUAUCAUUGGCCAAGAAGAGAUGAAGUUCGCAGCGCUGAUGAACAUCAUCGAUCCGAAUAUCGGCGGCAUCAUGGUGAUGGGCGAUCGUGGGACUGGGAAGUCGACGACAGUCCGUUCGUUGACUGAUUUACUUCCAUACAUCGAAAUCGUGAAAGAUGAUCCGUUUAUGAGUAGCCCUACGGAUCCGAACUUGAUGUCUCCCGACGUUUUAUCGGCAUAUCGGGCCAAGCAACCGCUCGAGACUUCCUUCGUUCCUAUCAAUAUGGUUGACUUACCCUUGGGUGCAACUGAGGAUCGCGUAUGCGGGACGAUCGAUAUCGAGAAAGCGUUAACUGAGGGGACGAAAGCCUUCGAACCUGGUCUCCUCGCCAAGGCGAAUCGCGGAAUACUGUAUGUUGAUGAAGUCAACUUACUAGACGACCACCUUGUUGAUGUUUUGCUUGAUUCGGCAGCGUCGGGCUGGAAUACAGUGGAGCGCGAGGGAAUCAGUAUAUGUCACCCGGCUCGUUUCAUCCUCAUUGGUUCCGGUAACCCAGAAGAAGGCGAACUGCGACCCCAGCUUUUAGAUCGCUUCGGCAUGCAUGCACAAAUCAAGACUGUGAAACUGCCAGAAGAGCGGGUCAAGGUUGUCGAAGAGCGGACUGCAUUUGACACGGAUCCGAAGUCGUUCCGCGCGGGAUACAAGGCAAAGCAGGACGAAAUCAUAGACCAGGUGACUCGGGCGCGCGCCUUGUUACCGGAGGUUGAGGUUCCCAUGGAAAUCCGACUGAAAAUUUCCCAAGUCUGCGCUGAGCUUGACGUCGAUGGCCUCCGUGGUGAUCUCGUGACGACUCGCGCAUCACGUGCAGCUGCAGCCUUCCGAGGUUCCAAGGUAGUGACCGACGAAGACGUUUAUUCGGUAGUGUCGCUCUGCCUGCGUCACAGGCUCCGUAAGGAUCCAAUGGCGACUAUUGAUGAAGGCUCUCGAGUUAUUGAUGUCUUUUCAUCUGUGUUCGGUUACGAAACGGACUGA